AUGGACGAAUUCGGUUGGACAGCAGAGGAUGAUGUGGCCAUGCACGAGGUUGGCGACUCGCUCGACGUCGGCAUGGAACCGGGAGCUACGGUCAUGUGGUUUGGUACUCAUGAAGGCGUCCGCAUGGACGAGCUGACCGAGGAGUAUCGCCGCCAUUUGGAACAUGGCUCGUACUGGGACAGGACGCCCAACCUGCUUCGUUUCAGGAAUUUACAUACGCGGUAUCUGGAUUGGUUGGACCAGGAAAGAAGUCCCUUGUCGGCUCCCAUCUGGUUCGGAAAGUAUCGAGGCCAUGAAUUGAGGAUUCUAUAUACGAGGCCACGGAGGUGGCGCUGGCUUAUGGAUAAUUGUGGGAAAUGGAGACGGGCUCUAUUGGACAUGAUACGCAGGUACGAGCUCUGGAGGGAGUUGCAUGAUCCGGAUUGGCAGUACAGGCGGCGCCGACGACGACAAACACAUGGUAGGAUGAUUGUCAACAAAGUCGGCGAGCGCCUCUUACCGCGUGAUGACGGACCGGCUUCAGAUGAUGAUGAUUCGUAUGCAACCGACAGUAGCUUUAUAGUCCGGGACUCGGAUAUGGGUACAGACCAAGACGGCGAGAGCAGUCAAGACGAAGAUGACCCUUUUGAGCCAAGCAGCGACGCGGAGAGCGACGUGAUUCUCGAUGGAGAUUUUGAUGUCCAACAGCAGGCGUCCAUGGUGGUUGGCACCAUGGAAAGUGAGGGAGAAACGACACCACGGACGGCUGCCAAGAGGGACGAAAGGAGACGGCCUCUCACUCUAUUCGGCGACAGUGACAAGGACUCUGAUAAUGAGUUCCCGUCAGUAGCGGCCAUGUUCCGGACACCGCAGAGGCCUCGAGCUCCACGUGUUCGGGUGGCGGAUGAAAGUCAUGUGCACACACCCACGCAAACACAACGGAUCAUUACUAUAUCAUCAAGCAGCGAGAGCCAUGCAGGUUCCAUUGUCGAGGAUGAUGACGAAGAUGACAAGGAUGAAGAACUUCGACCGCACUUUUCCCAAGCCACAAACCGGCUUUUUGAUGUCGAGGCGAAAGGCGGACGAGAAGGGAGAAUUGGCACAAGAGUCAGAACAUCACCGAGGAAAUAUAUCUCCCUUGAAAUCAGCUCCAGCGACGACGACAAUACCGCGAGGAAUACCCCUCGUACGUCAGUAAGAUCGUCGAGGAGCAUCCCUCGAUUGCCACCACCCCAAGAGGAUAGUAUGUCUAGCAGCAGCGAUGAGCUAGUUCCGUCACCGACAAGACGCAUUACAUUCAUGGAUCGGAGCAAGAUCUCGCCAAUUCGGAGGAAGCACAGUGAUGUUACUUUGACACCACGAAGACAACCUGUGCGAAACUCGCCUAGGAGGAAUGCGGCGUCACCACGCAAACAGUCACCACGCAAACAGUCACCACCCAAAGAGUCGAUAAGCUUAAUCACUUCGGAAGAGGAGGAGGAGAAGCCGGUCCAGACGCCGCUGAAAAGACGUCAUUCAAGGAUCUCUGUGUCUCAGACCAACACGAAUCGACGGGAUCUUUCCCCAUAUGAUUCUGAUGAUCUGCCAAUCUAUCCGAAGGGCUUUGGCCGUAAGACUGCUGCUCCGGCCAACAGCAUGGACAGUCCCGCGUCUCUGGACUCGGAUGACAAGCCCCUCAGACCACGGUCAAGCCCAAUCAAGCAUACUCCUACCAAAGUGGGCGACAUCAUCUGUAUUGAUUCCGACGAUGAGCCGGUAAGGCCGCCGCCCAGUCGGCGUAAACGAAGCCAGGCUCAGGAAAUGCAUACCGAGUCGGACGACGAGCCUAUCAGUCCUAGGAAACCAAAUCAUGGAGGCUAUCGAUAG